GUUGCUUCAGAAAAUUGUCUCGCUUCUAAGGCGACAUAUGCCAUUUCCAACCGCCCUAACUGUAAAAUGUCGUCAGCUUUUAGGGGGAAAGUAGUUUUUAAGGCUGGAGGCAGAAGUUAAAUCUGUUUUAAAAGAGACAUUUCCCAUAAUUCUAAGAGCAUCAUUCUCACGGCGUUCUGCUACUGACAGCACAGAUUUUGUUACCUCGCCACCUGCACCAAAAGCGAACCUAAAGAUGCUGCGUCGAAAACCAACACGUCUGGAACUGAAGUUGGAUGAUACAGAGGAGUUUGAGAGUGUGAAGAAAGAUCUUGAGAGUCGAAAGAAACAACGAGAUGAAGUGGAUGUUGUUGGUAUGGCGACCCCGAGUGAGAUGAGUGGGGCAUCAGGUGGCAGUAGUGAUACGAAGACACGGGAACAGAUGAUCCAUGAGCGAAUUGGUUACAAGCCUCACCCAAAACCCAAUACGCUACCCUCGCUUUUUGGAAACCUACAGUUUUGAACUUGAUGACAACUCAAUAAAAUGGACUUUAUGAUCCUCAGGUAUGACUGUGAGGUCUCAAGACACAGUCAGCAGUGCCUGUGUUUAGUUAUACGAAGAACUAGGUAAUGCAUUCAGAGACAACCAAAUCUGAAGCUAAAUAUUAGUGGACAACUGAAAAAAAAUGUUCUCAGGAGAAGACAUGGAAACUGAGUAUGAUAUUUUUAUAUUUUAAAAAUAAAACUUUCUUAACCAGUUUAACUUGAAAGGAGUCUUAACACAUUGUCUCCCAUUAUGAGUUGUCUGGCAUUCAGAG